GCUGAUUAUUGACUCUUAUCACUGCUAUAAAUUCCCCGAGGAUCGCCUCCAUUCCUGAGAUUAUUCACUUCUCUCUCAAUGGCCCAACCAUCUCCAUGGCUCCAUCGGCCCCCGCGUCUUCUCCUGGCCUUGACCCACGCCGUUCCUUCGGGCGAAGGGAGCCAAACACCUCCGUGAGUUGAGUAACUGCACUGACGAUGGCCCUACUGCAGCAGCAGCAGCAGCAGCAGCAGCUGACCGACCGAGUGACUGAUCGUCUGUCUGGACCCCCCCUUCUGUCCGCCAUACAAGAUGGCUCUCACUCCCCGCUUGCGGCUGCGACAGACUGAGUGAGCUGGUCCUCCCGCACUGCCAGUCUGCGGUGCUUCUUUUCCCCGCCGUAUUUUUCUCCCUAGUAAAGCUGUCUACAGAUUUCCCCUGAGAAAUAACAGCUACCACCUCUUCGCAUACUCUACCUUCUUUGACGACACAAGCCUCUCCACUCCAUCAUGGUCGAACUCAUCCCUCCCCCCGAUCCUCGCACCCUGCUGCCUCCCUUACUCGCCUGUCUUCCGACGGCUUUCGUCUCGCCGCAGCCCCCUCCAGCUCUGUUGCCCCUCCUGUCGCCCAUUCUGCGCCAACGCGUCCAGAUUCUGAGCUCAGUGAAUGUCUCUCCGACCGACUCAUGGCUCCAGCUACUUUGCUGGGAUGCGGGACAGGCUGAGCGCCUCCAAGCACUGGUGGAUGGCGCAAGCUUCGAACAACAUCCCGUCUCGGGCGAAAUCGAGCUCCCCGAUGAGAUUCCAGUCAGAUACAGGCGCCUUGAUGAGGAGACACUACGGUCGCGCGUGAUACUUCCCGAAUACAGCCUGAAGGUUAUCUACCUCUGGUGCCCUGACGACCAGGAAGGCGGGGGUCCAGCAUGGCGGGUGGCAGAAUUGUUGCCGCAGGAAGGUAACGUGGAUGAUGGCGAAGUCUGGUCCGUGUCGAUUGGGGAGGCGAACGCUGAACAGAAAGAUCACCUUCUGGAAGACGCCUUGAAUGCAGCCGAGCAGGCAGAGAAGCAGAAAGAGAAAGACGAAGAUGACGACGAUGACUACUGGGCCCAAUACGAUGCAACUCCCGGGCGAACCCCGGCGGCCAAGACGCCCAACCCUGUUUCAUCCCUGCAACAGUCGGAAGCGGAUUACUUCUCUCGCUACGGUGAUGUGCAACCCGCCAUGGACAACCACGAUCCCGAGGAGGAGCAACCUGAGCUUGGGGCAUCCUCCCUCAAUGGAGACAUGUUGGCCAAACUGCUCCAGAGGCAGUUCAAUGGUGAAGGAACCGAUAAGCCGGGCCAUGUACAUGAUAGUUCGGCCGGCGCUGCAGCAAACGGCGACCAUGCUAGUUUGAACCAUCCUCGGCCGUCUUCCAUCUCGUCCGCGAGCUCCGAAGCGGUGGCCAGACUCGAACAAGAAGCGGAGAACCAGUCAACCUAUGAAGUUGGGGUCAAGCAGCACAUCAGCUCGAGCAUCAAGGGUCUGUUCCGGCUGGCUAAAGCUACAGGCAUCUCUCGCAGUGACUUCCAGUCACUCGUACAGACGGAACUCGAGUUGUUGAAUGUGUCGGAUGGCGAGUGAGAUAUUGGAUGGCGUGUUUCUUAUCAGAUUGUACAUACUGCAUUGGGUCAUGUUCAGCGUUGAGGUGCAUUGGUUAGUUGAUUGGGUUGGUUGGCUUUGGAUAUCCCCGGGUAGUCUUAUAAGGAUACGUGGACGGAAAUUGGAAUUCCGUCGUAAUUAUAUGUGAAAUCUGAAGAUUGAAACCCGGGCGGAGUUAAUAAUGACGAUCAUCACACCCUGGACGCAUGCUGCAUCGGUAC